AUGAAUAAUACAAAGAAGCUAAAAUAUUUUAUAUUGACUGGUGAUCCCGGAGUAGGAAAAACUACUAUAAUAAAAAGGAUAUGUGAAUCUUUACAAGGUAAAGGUGUCAAAACAUCAGGUUUUUAUACUGAGGAAGUUAGAACAAAUAGAAUUAGGGAAGGAUUUGAUGUGAUUUCCCUGAAUGGAGUAAAGGGUAGACUAGCAAGAGACCAGAGAUUACUUAGCACACCAGCAAAAUUUAAAGUUGGGAAAUAUGGUGUUCUAAUUAAAGAGUUUGAAAAUGUUGCACUCCCAACUUUGCAAAAGGGUGAAGAUUGUAAAUUAUGUAUCGUGAUAGAUGAGAUAGGAAAAAUGGAAUUCUACAGUAUCCCAUUUAAGAACAGAGUAAAAGAAAUCUUUACUCUGUUCUUAAAUGGGAUACUGAUCAAUAAUUUAAACAAUAUUGUUAUUGCUACAAUACCAAUAAGGAAGAGUGAUCCUCUUAUAGAAUCAAUAAGACACCAUAAUGAAGCUAAAGUUUGGGUGGUAACACGAGACAACAGAAAUAUAAUAUAUGAAGAUAUAGUCAAAGAAAUAUUUUGUAACAUUUUACCUGAUUAA